AUCUCCUCUUCUCUUUUUUCUCUCUUUUUUUGUAGCCCCGCUAAUAUUUCGACACCUGUUUCAGUCUCUUUUUUUGUUUCAUUCUUCUUCUUCUUCGUAUUCCUCGAUGUUUUAGACGAAGCAGGGACUCUCAGUUUACGAGUUACGGAAUCUCUCUCUGUCUCAGAUCCAUCAGAAUAGUUUCUUGCGCAAACCCAUUCUUGAAGAUGGACAGGGCAGAUACAUGGGGAUUUGUCAGCGGUGGGAGAUGUUUAUAUCUCAAGUUGCUUUUAUGUUUAUAGCUCUACAAGGUGGUGUUCUAAGUAUUUAUUGUUUUGGUCAUUCUAUCUCCUCCGCUGCAUUGUUCUGUCUCUUCUCUUCAUAUGGAUUUGAACGAGAGUGUUGUUCACUUUUCUCGUGGCAAUGGUAUUGCAAAGCUUGACAAUUUCGGCGAUACUGCUCUUAGCUUGAAAUGUCUUGGAAGCAGUGCAGGGAGAUUGAUUGGGAGCUCUCACCAUAACCAUAAGCUUUGUUCUGAUGUUUCUAAUUGUCCUGAUGGUGGUUGCCGGUUGGUUCUCGGUUUGGGUCCAACACCGCCUUCGUAUUAUUACAAUGUCAGGGUCAAUGAUAAUAACAACAAAGGCUCUGCUUCUUCUGGGAGUGUUCAGGAACUCUCAUCAGGAGGUAACUCAAUCCUGCAACUUGGUCCUCCUGCUGUGACCAUGGAUACUUUCAGCGGACUUGAGGGUUCUCUGUUGACAUAUGCGGAUACUAAUGUGUCCCAAGCUGCUGUUGAUGAGGGUUCUACCUCAGCAAGGCGAUCAGGUGGCUAUAUGCCAUCGCUUCUUUUCGCUCCAAGGACGGAGAAUGUUAGAAAACCUUCAAGGAUGCAAGAGUGUAGUACUAAUUGUGGAACUGAUGCUUAUAAUUCACAGCUGAGCCAUGAGUCAGAGUUCUCUGUAAGCGCUUUCUCUGACAGGUCGGCCUCUGCCACGUCUUCUCAGCAAAGGAUGAGCAACCCGAAGAAGUGCAAGUUUAUGGGAUGUGUUAAAGGAGCUAGAGGAGCUUCGGGGCUCUGCAUUGGCCAUGGAGGUGGCCAGAGAUGCCAAAAGCUAGGUUGCAACAAAGGUGCUGAGAGCAAAACUACUUUCUGCAAAGCCCAUGGCGGAGGAAAGAGAUGCCAACACUUGGGAUGCACAAAGAGUGCUGAAGGCAAAACCGAUCUCUGCAUAUCACAUGGUGGUGGAAGACGGUGUGGAUUCCCUGAGGGAUGUGCUAAGGCUGCACGUGGCAAAUCUGGGCUCUGCAUCAAGCACGGUGGUGGUAAAAGGUGUAGGAUUGAAAGCUGUACACGAAGUGCUGAGGGACAAGCUGGACUCUGUAUUUCCCACGGUGGUGGACGGCGUUGUCAGUCUUCAGGCUGUACAAAAGGUGCUCAAGGAAGUACAAACUACUGCAAAGCUCAUGGUGGUGGGAAACGCUGCAUAUUUGCGGGAUGUACAAAAGGAGCGGAAGGUAGUACUCCGCUUUGUAAAGCACAUGGUGGAGGAAAACGCUGUAUGUUUGAUGGUGGUGGUAUUUGUCCUAAGAGUGUGCAUGGUGGGACGAGUUUCUGUGUAGCUCACGGUGGUGGGAAGAGAUGUGUUGUGGCCGGGUGCACUAAGAGCGCUCGUGGGAGGACUGAUUGUUGCGUGAAGCACGGUGGUGGGAAACGGUGUAAGUCUGAUGGUUGUGAGAAGAGUGCGCAAGGUAGCACUGAUUUCUGUAAGGCACAUGGUGGUGGGAAACGUUGCUCAUGGGGAGGAGACUGGAAAUGCGAGAAAUUCGCUAGAGGAAAGAGCGGUUUAUGCGCUGCGCAUAACAGUAUGUCACAAGAUAAAGCUGGAAGCAAGGUUGGUUUGAUUGGACCGGGACUUUUCCGUGGCCUUGUCUCUACUUCUUUACAAACCACAACAACUGCAACUACUACUACUACUACCACUGAUCAUUCUCAAUCUGGAGUCAGUGCGGUCUCUGAUUGCAUGGACUCCAUUGAUCGCCCGCUGCCACCGUUGCAUCAUCAACCCGAGAAAAGACAGAAGCUGAUGAUACCAAUGCAGGUUCUUGUGCCUCCAUCAAUGAAAUCCUUAAGCUUCUCAAACACCGAGAGACCCGAUAUCGAAACAAACAACAAUAGUAGUGGCAGCAAUGGGAGGAACAUAUUUGACUUUAUGAUUCCUGAGGAAAGAGUUCAUGGUGGCGGGCUUAUGUCUCUGCUUAAUGGUAACAUGAAACAAACACUCCGUUGAUGGAAUCUGAAAGCUUCCUCUCUAUGUGGUAACAACAAGGCUAGAGUCUGUGUAAAGCUUCAUGUAAUAUGUAUAGUUUUUUGGUUUUCUUUUUGUUUCUCUUUCACUCUUGGGUCCUUUGUACAUUUCAUGGGUCUCUGUUUUUGUAUGGUCUCUGGUCUUGACUUGACCAUCUAGUCGAUGGCUUGAACCCAAGUCUUUGUUUAUUUGAUCAUUGUUAUGAAUGUUGCAAUGUACAAGUAAAAUGUGUUCUUAUGUUUUGUACC